CAUCAAUCCAGAACACUAUUCAAAGCUUUCAACUAACUCACAAUGGCCGCUAUUCAACCGCAGAAAAUCGCUCUCAUCACAGGUGCCGCGUCAGGCGUGGGUUUCGCGACCGCCAAGCUCUGUCGCGGCCAGGGAAUGCACCUGGCCCUGCUGGACAUCAACGCCGAGAACCUGCAGAAGGCGAAGACCGAGCUCGCAGCGCUGGAUUCCAAGUUGAAAACAGAGGCAUACGUGCUGGACGUCGCGGAUCGCGCAAAGUGGGACGACGUUGUCGCGCAGGUGUCUACCAUCUUUGGCGGAGUGGAUCUGGUCAUGUUGAAUGCAGGCGCGUCUUAUAAACCGCAGAGUCAACAGGAAGGAAAGCUCAAACCGUGGUCGGAUGUCGAGUAUUGGAAGAAGACCUUCAACACCAACACCAUCGGCCUGCUAAACGGCAUCGCAGCGACACUGCCUCUUCUGCACGCCACCAGCACCCCCAAAUCAAUCAUCCUCACAGGCUCCAAGCAAGGCAUCACCAACCCCCCAGGCGGUAACAACCCCGCUUACAAUGCCUCCAAAGCGGCAGUCAAGAACCUGGCCGAGCACCUGGCGCACGAUCUGCGAUCGGAACCAGCCAGUUCGCAUAUCGCGGUGCAUCUGCUGGUGCCUGGGUGGACGUGGACCGGGUUCAUGGGAAGCUCUGGACCCACGGCGGAGAGCGAGGUGAAGAAGAUGGACGGAGCGUGGUUUCCGAGCCAGGUGGCGGAGGAGCUGUAUAGGGGUUUGCAGAAGGGGGCGUUCUAUAUCAUGUGUCCUGACGAUGAUGUCGAUGUUGCGUUGGACAAUGCCCGGAUGCACUGGGCUAGUCAGGAUGUGAUUGAGGGCCGACCGGCAUUGUCGCGGUGGGAGGACAGUUGGAAGGGAAGAGCAGAUGAGGAAAUCAAGGCUGAUGCGGCCAGGAGAAGGGGAUGAUCGGUCAUUUUUAUUUUCUCUUGCGUGUAGCAGUGAAAGGUCAUGUGAUUGGCUCUCGUGUUUCGUGCGGUCGCGGGCGCCUCCUUUCAUCAUGCAUUGAAGUUCACCCUUUUC